AUGAUGGACCGUGACUUACAUUGUCGAAAUAUUUUAUUGAAAGCACAAGAUCGUUUAUCAGAUAAUGAUCGUAAGAAGUUAUAUUUCUUAGUUGGUAAUAUUAUUCCACGUGCUCUACUGGAUGAUCAAUCAACAACUGGUACAUUAAAUUUAUUAGAAGCAUUAUUCGAUAGAGUUAAAAUUUCAGUUCAAGAUUGUAGUUUUCUGAUUGAUGUAUUUGAAACAAUUGGAUGCUCUGAUGUGGCAAAUCUUUUGAGAGAAGGAUAUCAAAGAACACCACCAGCAACAACAGUUUCGACAGGCUAUGCUUCUGCUGUUACCAACACGACAAACUGGCGUGAUCUAAAAGGUUAUCGGAAACUACAAAAUAUAUUUGAUAUCAGCGAAUUGGAAUAUAAAUUAAUCUAUUUUGGUAUUGGUUAUUGUAAAAAGUUGAAAGAUCAUAAUUUAAGAAACAAUGAGCGUACAGUAGCACAAAUCAAUCAUUAUGACACACAAGCAUUAAUCACCGCAUUACAUACAUGUCUUAACCAAUGGCUUGAGACUCUUUCGGAUAACGAUACAUCGGAAUCAUUGAUAUUCGGUUUAGCAAGAUACGAGUCAACAUUAUUAUAUUCACCAACAAAUAGUUAUAUUAAUUAUUUUAAAGAUGCUUAUGAUCUCUCGGAUUUAAGUUUAGACGAUAGUGAUGACGAUGGUACACUUUAUAGUUUAAUGUGA